CUCGACUCUUGGCUCGGUUUCCUCUCUCUCCACUUGUCCUCUCCUCACACGACUCGCAUUUAAACCCAUCAGAAAGAAGAGGAGAACACUCAAACACCCACACCCUAGCGCACCGCGCACAUCAACACUUUGACAACGCUUGGCACACCGCUUUAUCAGUUGCCACCUGGGGCACAGUCCUCGCUACUACCACUCCACAGCUCAGUCAUCAUCGCAGACCAAGGAAGCUCCUCUACAAUGACCGACACAGCUACGUACCAAGGAUUCAACCAACCCCAACCCGGUGACGGAGCGUAUCUCGCCCGUUCCACCCCCCAGCCCGGCGACGGAGCGUACCUCACGCAAUCCGCCGGCGCUGCCGCAGGCCCCUCGCAGCCCGCCACCGCCUCUGCGCGUCAGCAACAGCCCGGCCAGAACAACGGCCGGCGACAGCAGCAGCAGCAAGGUAAGGGCCGCCGCGGGGGCCGUGCACCCAACGGCUCGAGCGCCGACGCCAACGGCGACCUCGCUACAGCCGCUGCCUCCCUCUCCAUCGAAGAGGUUGGCGCGCCCUCAAAGGGCGGCCGCGGCCAACAAGGCCGCAGGCUCAAUGUCCCCGGCGGGUUUAACGACCGCCUGGCCAAGGACACGGACGAGCGCGCCCCGUCUGCGGGAAACAAGCGCUCAAACCAACCCAAGGACCGCAGGCGCCAGCGCGCCGCUGUCGGCCAUGCCGAGAACGUCGAGGAGGGCCGCUCCCUCGGCGUUGACGGUUCCGCCAACGCCGCUGCUGGCAACGGCAGCGGUUCCAACACCCCACUCAACCCUGGCGCGGCUGCUUUCAAUCCCGCCGCAGGGCUGACACCGCCCAGCGGCCCCAGCCGUUCCCAGUCGCCUGCUGGCGACGGAGGCCGGAGCCGCAACAACAAUAGGAGGAAGAAGGCAAAGGAGACUGAUACUCCCAAGGAGGAGUCUGCACCUGCGAAGCCCGUCUCGAGUCGCCGAGCUGCCUUCGAAAAGGGCUCCAAACUUACGACUGCCGAAGACAAGCCUCGCCCCAAAGCCAACGGCAAGGAUCACGACCACUCACACGCCCACGAGCCACGAGGUAACGAACCCGACGACCUGAACUCGCGUCUCACCCGUGGCCUGAGGAGCAAGCCAUUCAUCGAGUGCCCUAUUUGCUUUGCACCCAUCUUUGCCCAGCAGCAGACAUGGUCGUGCUUGCCGCCGCACUCGCCUCCCGAGUACCCCUCGACGCUCGAGGAGGCCGAGCGGCCAAAGUUCGCGGCAACCCACUACUCGUCGUGCUACACUCCCUUCCACAUCUCGUGCAUCCGUGACUGGGCGUCGCGCAGCUUGCACGACGACCAGCAGCGAAUUGCCAGCAACGGGAGCAACGAGGGACCUGCAUGGCGCUGCCCCGGUUGCCAGAAGAAGCGCACUGCCAAGGUUGGUGGAUACCGGUGCUUCUGCGGGCGGCUGGCUGGCCCGCCCACGACCGCGUCCGCGCCGCAUUCCUGCAAUGACGCGUGUGCCCGUCUACGGCCGAACUGCGACCACCCCUGCCCGUUGAACUGCCACCCGGGACCCUGCCCCCCUUGUCAGGUCGCGUUGGUGGUGCGGUGCCCGUCUCACGGCACAGCUCUCACUGUCAAGUGCGCUGCUGCCAGUGUCAAUGAUGCCGCUCUGACGCCCGUCUGCGACGAGCCUUGCCCUGGAAAGCGGUCGUGCGGCAAGCACGACUGUGACCGCCUGUGCCACUUUGGCCCGUGUGCUCCUUGUGACGAGGUUGAGACUGUGCGCUGCUACUGCGGUCAUGACGAAAAGGUUGUGCCCUGCGGUUGGAACCUCGACGACAAGAAGAUGUGUGCGACGGCCGAAGAGUCGUGGGAGGGUCGCUUUGCCUGCGACCGUGUGUGCAACAUCCCUUACGAAUGCGGCAUCCACACCUGCAAGGACAAGUGCCACCCACACUCGGUCAGCCCUCGGCCUUGCCCAACUUCGCCCAGUGUCAUCACCACUUGCCCUUGUGGCCAGACACCCCUCUCGGUUCUGCCCGGCUACCCUCGCAAGGACUGCUUUGCCAACAUUCCGACCUGCGGUAGCUCGUGCCCCAAGACUCGUCCAUGUGGACACAAGUGCCCCCUCAAGUGCCACGAAGGCCCAUGCCCGCCGUGCCACGAAUCGGUGUACCGCCCCUGCCGUUGCGGUGAGAGCACCCUGCUCCUCGACUGCGACGAGGUCCGGGAGCGCAACGAUGCGGGCCAGAUCGACUUCUUCUGUGAGAGAGUGUGCAAGGCUCUGCGCAACUGUGGCCGACACGAGUGUGGCCGUGUGUGCUGCCCUCUCUCAUACAAGGCCAAGCGCAAGGGACGACGUGCUCUCGACGACAUCGACACCGGCGACGACGACUUACACGCGUGCUCCCUCACCUGCGGCAGGACUCUGAGCUGUGGUAUCCACACCUGCCCUCGCCCUGACCACAAGGGGAACUGUGGCCGAUGCCUCGAGGCGUCUUACGACGAACUCAUCUGCAACUGCGGCCACACUGUCAUCUACCCGCCGGUGGCAUGCGGCACAAAGGUCAACUGUGUCUUCCCAUGCGCACGUCCUGACCCGCCAUGUGGCCACCCGAAGAGCCAACACAACUGCCACGAGGAGCCCGAGUGCCCGCCGUGUCCAUUCCUCACGACCAAGCCCUGCGCAUGCGGCAAGGAUCCGGCUGUGAAGAACGUCCGCUGCUCGCAGUCGCAGGACCGCGUGUCAUGUGGCCAGGUCUGUGGCAAGCUCCUCGGUUGUGGCUAUCACCGCUGCGAGAAGACUUGCCACCCUGGCGACUGCGAGUCGUGCUCCCAGACUUGCAACAAGCCCAAGCGCAUCUGCAAACAUGCUUGCACUGCGACGUGUCACGCUCCGGCCAAGUGCCCCGAGUCCGAACCUUGCGCUACGAUCAUCACUCAGUCUUGUGCCUGUGGACACCUUCAGCAGCGCGGGUCGUGUGGCGCCAACAACGCAAACCCCACAUCGCGCGAGUCGGUCCAGCUCAAGUGCAACUCCGAGUGCAUGGUCCGCCAGCGCAACGCACGCCUUGCCGACGCUCUGGGUAUCAAGCAGCCCGUGGAUCGCACUCUCACCGAGUGGACACCGGAGCUGCGCACCUUUGCCAGAGCGAACCCGCAGUUCGUUGUCAUGGUAGAGCAGACGUUCCGCGACUUCUUCCAAGGCGCGAGGCAGACUCUCAUCCUGCCUCACAUGCCCGUGGCUAAGCGCACCUUCGUCAUGUCGCUUGCCGACGCAUACCACCUCGGACGCGAGCUUAUCGACGCGGAGCCGAAUCGCUCGGUUCAGAUUCGCCGUCGUGUCGACACGCGGAUUCCCAACCCGCUGCUCUCGGCCGCCGCGCCACCCCUUGGCAGGACUGGCCUUGGUGGGCUCGGCAACCUUCGGGCCGCCGCGCCUGCCACUAGCAGCCCCUGGGGAGCGUCUCGUGCCGGCACGUCGACGCCGCCAACUACUGCACCAGCGACCUCGGCGGCCUCUGCCGUCAAGGGCACCGCUGCCAGUAUGCCGACCUCGCGCAUCGUGACGCCGCAGACGUCGACCCGUCCGACACCGUCUUCGUCCCCGCCUGCACCGGCCGCCCCAACGUUACCCCCUGCGCCGAUUCUCCACCCGCUGCCCAUUCCCGUGUCCACGCCUCGUGUGGUGGACGACGACGACUGGGACCAGAGCGGCGACGAGGCGUAAGCUCUCAUCAAUCCAGCAUUGAUCAAUCAACAAUUCCAAUCAUUCUGUAGAAGCAAUCAGCAUUGAAUAGACA